AGCUCGACCAGUCCUGUGAGAUUGAGUUUUUUUAAGGCCAAACCAUGAUAGCUAAUUCAAGCACAUCUGGAAUGCUGUUGUCUUCGGAAUCCAUGGAAAUCAGUGGAACAAAUACCAUGAAUUUAAGCAUGGGCCCACCUCAACUACCCUCAAACCAGCACAGCAGAACUUUCUCACAAGGGCCAGUGGCUAUCCUCUGGGACAUUGAGAAUUGCCCUGUUCCAAGUGAUGUCCGUCCUGAAGAUGUAUCUGGUAACAUCAGAAUGGCAUUGCGUGUUCACCCUAUCAUAGAAGGAGCUGUUACAAUGUUCUCUGCCUAUGGAGAUUUCAAUGCCUUCCCAAGGCGGCUUAGGGAGGGCUGCCAGAGGACUGGUGUGAAACUCGUAGAUGUUCCAAAUGGAAGAAAGGACGCAGCCGACAAGGCUAUUUUGGUUGAUAUGUUUUUGUUUGCUCUUGACAACCCUCCACCAUCGUCCAUCAUGCUGAUCUCAGGGGAUGUAGAUUUUGCUCCAGCAUUGCACAUACUGGGACAGCGUGGUUAUACUGUGAUCCUUGUCAUUCCUGCUGGAGUAGGCAUUUCAUCUGCCUUGAGUAAUGCAGGUAGGUUCGUCUGGGACUGGCCCAGUGUGGCUCGUGGAGAAGGGUUUGUGCCUCCUAAAGCACUAAUGCCCCGUGGGCCUACCGACUUUGCUGGGUUUCUUAUGGGUUGCCAUUUCAAUGACAACACUGAUGGCCAAAUUGAAGAGGAAGCAAUUGUUUAUAGAGGGAUCUCACAAAGCGAGUACACUGCUCGGGCUAACAUCAACCAGUUUUACUGCUUUAACCCAAGGGAUUUCUCAAGGGCUUCACAGUCAUUAACUGACUACAACAGCAACUUGAUUACCAUGCCUUGUUUUCCCACUUCAAGAUCCCAUAGUCUCCCCUCUGGUCUAUACGAUGUUUCAGCAGGACCUGUUACUGGAGACCAGAAUGAAUUAGUGGACCCAACAUUAUGGGUCCAGCCUGGAGACCUCAAUGGUCUGAAGGGACAGCUAGUGAAGCUGCUUGAGCUGUCAGGAGGUAGCCUACCAUUGACCCGACUUCCUGCAGACUACCAUAAGAUUUUUGGACGCCCCCUGUAUGUGGCUGAGUAUGGUGCUUUUAAGCUCUUGAACCUUCUCAAAAAGAUGGCAGACACAAUAGCUGUAGAGGGUAAGGGCAAAUGGAAGUUUGUGUACCUUCGGAACUCCAUUAUUCGACCUGACAAGACAUACUCAAAUACUCCAUCAGGUCUGGUAAGGAAGGAUAAGAAGGGGAAGGGGCCUCAGGGGGAGAAUACUGAUGUAAGACUGUACAGUAACACAGGUUGUUCCUCCGAUGAGUUCUCAGAUGAUGACAGGGUCAUUGAUCAAGAGGAGAGGAGUGCGGAUACUGCUUUUGGGACGACUCAAGAAAUUGACAACCAGCUUGAGCAGUUCAAGCAGGAAUUACAAGAGCUUCUUGUGAGCUGGAAUGGAAGGAUCUUCCUUGGUACUUUUGAAGCAACAUACCAGCAGCGGUACAAGAAAGCACUGGACUACAAGAGAUUUGGUGUGGAUGAGCUUGAGGAGCUGAUUUUAAAGGUGAAGGACAUUGUGGUUUUACAUGAAGCACCGGAGAGCAAGAGGAAGUUCCUGGUUGCCAUUGGUGGGUAGUAAUUGGUGCUAUGGUUGUACAUUUUGACUGACAUAGUGUCUAAUUGUUGAGGUAUGCUUAUUCGACCUCUACUUGUUUUACUCUUUUAAGAUGGGUAAGAAAUGCAGAGAAAAAAAGUGUUCCUCUUGUUGUGUCCAACAUGGACUUAAAGCCUUUUUUCUAUUGGGCUGCAUAUAAUGAAUGCAGAGGACUCUUCAUUGAUGAAGGUGGGGUAUUUUCUGUAACUGACCAAAAAGAUCAUCUGUAAAGUAUCCUUCAUUUUUAGUGAAUUUUGAUGUGAUUAUGUACAUUCCAGAUCUAGUGAACUUUUAUGCUGUAGAGCU